AAAAAAAGGUCGUCCUACUGGUUGCUUGUCCGCUUCGACAUUUAUCUGAAAUACCAUAACGCUGGUGGAGGACUAUGGGUCCUCUGUUCAAUGUGUCUCUAUGUUUAUGUACAUCCACAUAGAUUGGUGUGUAUACAUACCGUGUGUUGCUUCUAAGAUGUGUUUGGAUAUAUUUUUCUGAAGUCAUUAAGUGCCCUCAAGGAUUGGGUGCUCAAAGAGGAGAAAUCUCGUGUGUUCUGUUUGAAGGGAGAUAAUGACCGAAAGAAGUUACAAACAUUUAACAAAGUUGCGUUUUCUUGGAGUGAGUAAUAUCAUUAGACUAAACGGAAAACACCGAUGAAGGGUGGAAAGUGUUAACUAUUGCUGGUGACGAACUAUUGUAGAAUGUCCUCUGACAAAAGAUAUUAUAUGAUUUGAGUUACAAAUUGUUUUCAAAAAGUGAUGACGCAAUUCUAUAACACUUCUGGAGUAUUUUCGAACCAAUCAAAAAAUUUCGGCUUUGAGGAUAUAAAAUAGGCCUACUCUCUUCAAGACAGCACCAUGUGACUAUAGCGUUGGUUUCGUCUGCAUGUGUUACAUGUCAAAGUGGUCUGGAGUCGAGACAUUCUUGUACAGACUUUGGCCUCAGUUUAUUUUUAUUUCGAAGGAGGGGGGCCUACCAUGCCUUGACACCCUCCCCCUUGCAAGGCCCACCUGUGUACACACGACAAAGCUCAUGACACAGUGAGUCUCGGUAAUAAAACUUCAUUGAUAACAAUGCUGCUAUAUUGGACUUUUAAAAUAACCAAGAUUUCGCAAAAAAAAGUUAAGCUGCUUACAUCUUUGGUGGCUAAUUCGAAGAGCACCUCAAUUGCGACUUAAAAUGUUACCUACAUUUCAUGUCACUGUAAGUUCUUAAAAAUUAUCCAGCAACCACCUACACGUCUAGGGAUAAUCGAACAGCAUUCAUAAAUGCACGUCGCUUUCAAAUGACUACAAUUUGUGUUUUUAUACGGAUAUCUAAUACCCUACUUAUAAACCAUCGGACACUAUAUAUGAUGGUGGAACAAAUGUGUACUUGAAACGAUAAUUGAACACAUAAAGCUGUUUUGAAAUGAAUAGAGUUUUGAGAAAAGGAAUGGAUCUACUUGUGUUCACGUAUUUACACUAUUGUACAAAGUUAUGAAGUGGCGAAGAGUCAGCAAUAUUCGCGGAGAGUGGAGCGAUACAAAAGUAGGACUGGAUAUGGAAAAAACGAGACAAACUUUGUUGACAAUUGAAUUCAUGCCGUCCCCCAUAUGCUUCCCCCCUCCCCUACUGGUUUUGUAUGUCAGCUGUGUAGUAGCGGCCCACAGCUUGGAUUAAGUGACUCAAUACCUUAUCAAGGUUUUUGUGUUGUUUUAACUUUGUUGUGCCACUGGUGAAGUGGGGGAGAGUCGCUGGUGGUAACCGGACGUAAAGGGUGGGGGCCACGAAAUGGAUCGCUGGAUUCCAAAAGGAGGCCCGCCACCGCCGCAGUCGGACGGGGCGUUCGAGCGGUUCCUAACGGCAGCUAUCGCCACGAUCAUUACUAUUAUGUUCUCUUGGAGAUUACUGGACAAAAUUAACGACGAGGACCGGGAGGAUGAGCGCAUGGCGGAGGAGUGGAGGCGCCCUUCAGGGGCGUCGUCAUCUGCGAGUGGAGGAGAACGAGGAAAACAAACCACCCCCGUCAACGCCUCUGACUUUGACGGAGGAAAACUGGACGCUUUGAAUCAACGAGUACUGGCCCUGACAGAGACGUUGGGCCGAUCGCGAGCUGUCGGCGGCGGAGGAGUGGGUUACCAGACCACCACGCUCAAACCCAUCAUCCGAAUUCCGGUGGACAUACCCCUGGAUGGAGACGAAGAUGUGGAAAGCCCAGAGGAGAUUAUUUAUAGACCAGUGUGGGAAACCACUAUCGCGCACGAGAAGUCUCGCUUCCGGUGUGAGGAGGGAGCCCCCACAACAAUGGAGCCAGGUGACAGUACGGCAGAUCACAAAACAGAUCGAUUGAUGUCGGAACGGCAAGACAGCAGCUUUGAUUCCAACACCAUCGCAGACGAGGUCGCAUCCAGCACCGAGACGUUGUUACUACAGCGCUCACUCUCACAGCCUGGGUCAGAACCUUGCCACUCGUCUUCAGAGACGGAGCACUUCGUGGACUCCAGCGGCGAGGACCUAGGCGGCGACGGGCCCCCCACCUACCAGCACCACCAGCUCAACGUCAGCACGGACAGCAGCAGCGGCGGCGCCAACAGCAGCAAAGAGGAGUACCGCCACAUACUAGACGAUGAGAACUACCGGCCUUACCGAGACGGCUACCGAAACAGUGAGGAUAGACAUUAUGACGAUAGGGAUGACUCCGACGAUGAUUUCAUGGGGUUCUCCGAGGACCUGGACACGGAUUACGCCCAUGACGACAUACAACCAAGGGAACUUGAUUCAGACGAAGAACUAUUCUGCUGCUCUACUUUAGAACCGAUUAUCGAAGAGGAUUCUGACGAAAUGACAACUUCGUCCAGCGAGAGCACAAACAGUAGCAGAAGUGGGAAAGCUUUCUACGAAUCUAGACACAGGGAACACGAGUACGACCUUGAAUACGAAGAAAGAAAACACGGAUUAUCAUCAGAGCGGCGUCGGUUUCCGAAUCGCUUUCGGGGCCGCACCGACGACGAUUUGGACAGCGCUCAAUCUUCGACAACCCGGAAUGCGAUGCCGCCAUUGUUACACACUCGACCCAGCACAGCUGUGCCCUCGAGGAGACCCGUCGCCUCUCACCUGCUCGGCAGCACACCACGUGACCUCGAACGCUCGAGAUUAAAUGGCGUAAACACAGGCUUCGCUACUGAUCCGGACAACAGAGGUGACACGGCGCGCGGUGACGAUUAUUAUGAUGCGCAAGCAUUAGAAAGAUAUGGCGUUGGUGGUAGCGAAUCUCGGCCCGUCUUGGACCCUCUUUUCAAAGAAACGGAUUUAGAUGCCAGUGAUCCCGAGGAGGAUAGUUCUAAUUUCCCUUCUGAAGAGGAGUAUGUGAAAUAUGUUCGUUCUUACGGAAGCAGCGUGGACAGAUUGACAGGUAAAUUGAAAAGUACUGUAACUAACGCUAAGCCUAGCUUAUUUCCGCAUUCUCAGGCCCCCAUUGAUACACGCCAAACAUUCCCCUCCUCAAGGGCUGGUCAAAUUGCUGACCAAGUUGUUCCGGACAAAUUUGUUCGGACAUCAGCGGUCAAAUCUGAAGUCGAGGACAGCGCCUCUGAGAGUGACGAGUCUGUCCAAACGGUCAUCACCAGACAAGCGUCCGCCGAGAGCGGGGACAGCCCCGUUCACGGCCCCACUUUGCUCGCCCUUCGGCCCAACCCUGUGAAAACAAAGCGCCCCUUGAGCGACGGUGCCGCCUAUGGCAACAAAAAGUUGAAAGGGGAGGAAGACAAAGAGGAGGCAUACUUUAGGGACCGAUACGUGAGUGAAGGGGGUGGGGUCCCUUUUGGAGAAGAAGAAGAAGAUAAUGGUGACGCCUAUGGAAACGAAAAUGACAAUAAGCAAGAUUUGAAAGCUUACAAAUCGUACGCAGCAUUAGACUCUGAGGGCCUUGGCUCCCCUGUUCAAAUUAAGAGCGCCUUUUCAAACAUUUUUGAAAUAGACGAAACUAACUCACAAGCACGUGACUUAAAUCCCAAUCAAGGGGAGUUUACUGUUCCUGAAAGUAUUAACACUGAAGACACGAUUUUCUCCCCUGAGACACAAUCGUCUGAUUCUAAUAAUGUGCCUUCUGUUGAAGUGAAGCUUCCCGGUGUUGUUAAUUCUCCAUUUAGACAAGACAACGAAACUAAGGCGAUGGACAGGAGUGGGUACUCAACCAGAACGGAGGAGAGCGGUGAUGGAAAGAGGAGUGAGCAAGGAGACGAGAGUGAGGAAUGGGAGGAGCAGAUCAUAGAGGAGACGUUUGUUGUUCCACUUACUCCCGAGCGCGCCAUUCUGAAAACUCUACAGUCGGUCAAAGAGCUGCUGGACCAAAGAAGCGAGAUCAGGCGACGACAAAUGCUGGGGAUGGACGUGGUCACGAGCAGCGAGCCGAUGGAGGAGGAGUGCCAGAGCACGUGCACGUCCACCAUGAUAGAAGUGGACGGCUACGGCGCAGCCGGAUUUGAAACGUACGAGUUUAUUGAGGAAGAUGCGGGUGAAGAAUUCCCAGAGGAGAGCAACGCAUUGGUCAGGCCAGCCACCAAUGUGGACACCAAGUCGAAGCUCGGGUUCCAGCUGAACCUGGACGAGUACAAGACCAACGAAUACACGACGGAGAGCGGCUGGCCCAUUGUCCGCUACAUCGAGAAAGAGCGGGUCUUCGUAGAGGAGGACGGCCAUGACGACCACGAGGUACCGGUCGCCGUGGUGGACACGAGUGACCAGAGGGCAGACGAGGCUCCCAGUGAGGAGGAGACAAACAUUGAUGACGUGGAGGAGGAGGAGAGCUAUUCAGACCAGAGGAGUAAAGAGAGAACAGGUGAGAGCGAGGAAAGCGAGGAAGACGGUGAUGACGACGAUGAGUCGGACGAUGAGUCUGACGAAGAAAGCUCGGGUGACAAAAGUGCAGACGACCAAAAAGAUAAAGCAGAAGAUAAAGCUGACGGAAAGAAGGACGAGAAGUUUGCUUUCGUUGAAUGUAAAGAUGAAAACCUUGUCGCCCCGUUUGCUACAUUGGAAACUCCAAUCCGUGACAAAAGGUCACACUCCCAGCGAAUUUACCUAGAAGAGGAGAGAUACUCUAAACUAGAAUUUGGUGAAGUGAAAUUACCAUCUUUUACCAGAACACCUUUUGCAGAUCUCAAAUUACCUUCACCCAUUGCCCCGCAGUCCGCCACUUCUGAGAACUACAAACCAUCUGUCAAGGCGGAUAUGCGCGCUCUUUCACCCCCUCCUAUUGAAAUGCUAACACCUUCACAACCGUCUUCGAAACUCAAAUUUACACCGGAAGUGAUAACAUCGCCUUCUCCAAACAUUCCUAAACGCGAAGAGACUGCAAGUGCUUCCGUUGCAGACUCAAACAAAUUGAAGUUACAUUCCACCUCUGGAUUCGAACCAGAAAAACGGAAACUCAUCGACUCGGAAGAGCCUUACGAGCCGUUUGAUGACUUCAACUCUUUCCUUAGUGGAAUUCCUGCUUCCAGUGAGCCCUUCAGCGAAGAAGACUACGACUCUUUCGUUCGCCAAAUAGCAGAAAAAGACGAUGAUGAAAUUUUUGAGCUAGACACGCUAAAAACGCCCCUCAGCGCAGCAGGAAUUUUGAGUGGAAAUCUAGCUUCGCCUUUCAAAAAGCAGGAAGUCUUUUCUUUUGAGUCCAAGGAGCAAGUCAGGCCCGUGCCAUUGGCACGAAAACAUUCGCUAAAGGAGAAAAAACCAGAAUCGCAAAAUGUUGAAGAUGCCACUGGUGAGUCCGAGGUGAAGAAGGCAAAACUGAAAAGAACGUCUACUGCUCAAAGUGAAGAAGAUUUCGGUGUGGGCAGGAGGGCGUCUGUUGGUUCUACGGGUGAUGAGGAAUCAAUGGGAGCCUUGAAUCGAUCUUUUGAAGAGACAUCGAGCCGCAGUUUUGCUAUAGAAAGAUAUGAUUCUGAGCCAGGCGUAUCGCGCAGUCUAAGCAGAGAAAGUCUAAUGAGGAGUAUUAGCAGAGAAGGCGUUGACUCUCCCACUCAUGACUUUAAAACACUUCUAGAGUCUCCUUUGCGACCUUUGAUUCCUCCGCGACCUUCUUCUGGUGUUUCGCAAGAGCCUGUUUUGGAUGUAGUUUUCGAAGUUCCCGUACCGCCUUAUGACAGCUCCAGAUCACAGUCUAGUUCAUCUGCAGAGCCAACGACUCCCGCAACACCUUUAACGCCAGCAAAAGUAGAAUCAAGCCCUAACUCGGUCACUAGACCUCAGUCGAUUUCUAAAACACCUAACAUUCCAGCUGGUGAAAUUCGAACACUAACGCCAGUCGCUCAGCUAGAGACUAGUCCACUAGUCAAACCUCCAGUUACGAAACUAGAAUCCAGUCCAGUUGUAAAACCUCCUACAGUAACUAAAGUAGAUUCCAGCCCAGUGGUCAAACCUCCUACAGUAACCAAAGGGGAAUCCAGCCCAGUGGUCAAACCUCCUACAGUAACCAAACUAGAAUCUAGCCCAGUGGUCAAACCUCCUACAGUAACCAAAUUGGAAUCCAGCCCUGUUGUCAAACCUCCUACAGUAAUCAAAGUGGAAUCCAGCCCAAUGGCUAAGCCUCCAAUACCAACUAAACCUAAAUUUAGCUCAGUUGUCCUAACUCCUCCAGUAAAUAAACUGGAAUCCAGCUCAACUGUUCAAUCUCCCCAAGUGCCCAAACUGGAAUCCAGCCCAGCUGUCAAACCUCCCACAGUUGCUAAAUCGGAAGAAGGUUCAGCUGUCUUGCCUCCUCCAGUAAAAUGGACACGUGUCAUUCCUGGCUCUAAUUUUGUCGAAGAAAAACUGUCCCCCAACACAAGUACAAACGUGUCUGAAGAAAUUCUCAAAAAACUUCCCGAUACACCAGAAAGAAAACUUAUUGCAUCAAUGGAUAACCCUGAGCUAGAACGACCAGAUGUCAUGGAUUUGGAAUUCGCAGACGCCGAUGAAGAUGGCCCUGAACUAUUUUCUCCUUCUAUGAGUAUUGAUCGAUUCGAAACAAAAAUAGAGGAAAUUCCAAAAGUGCGACCAGUCCUUGAAAACAAUGUUUUAAACUUUUCCACUAACAAGACUGUGAGUGAAGAGAAAGAGGAGACUGAGAGUGGUGAGACAGAAGAAGAAGGAAGUGAAGAUAGUGAAAUGACUGAUUCAUCUUCAGAAGAAGAAUCCGACGAUGAGGAAUCCAACGACAGAAUGAGCGAGAAAGACAAAAGCAAUGUAGACAAAAAUGACAAUUUAGUUGUGGAAGAUGAGGUUAUGGAAAUGUUAGUUGAUAAAUUGACAGAAGAAAGAGCUGAAGAAAAGGUACUAUCACAUUCAGCAGAGAGCAUAGACGAUGUGAUGCCGCAGGAUUCAACGUCAGUCUCCGCCACGACAUCACCAGGUGUUGUGUCCUCUGACUCUGCAGAGUCGCCAGUCAGAUCAGCCAAAUCUUUAUCUUUACCUCUCUCGGUUCCUUUUCGUGGAACUGCCUGGGCGCACGCUCAGUUCGGCCAAGCCCCAGCUAAGCCGAGAUCGAUGAAAGAGAUAAAGAAGAAGUUUAAACCUUACAAAUCCGUUUUGACUCAGCAGCCUCCAACUACGCCAACGACACCGCCCUCGCCCAAGAUCACCCCUUUCGUACUGCCUGACCACCUCAUUACCCCAAGCAGAAUUAAAAUAGUUCAAUCCAGAAACAGAUUUCUCAGCGAACAAAAUUUAAACAGUGAUCCUCUAGCUAGCGAGUUUGAAGCCCGCAAGGAGGCUCUUCAAAAUGCUGGCACAACAAAGACAGCACCUUCCACGCCUCUUAAGGAAAGGAAGUAUACGCCCAAGAGCUUGGCCAGCAGCUCCAAGUACAGAAGCCAAGAGCAAUUGGAGAAAAUAAAGAACAUGAUAAACCUUACAAGGAAAUCUGAAAGCAAUCUCCAUACGGCUCAUCUUAAUUGUCUGCACAGCGAUUGCAUAUUCACCGAAAAAGGACGACGUGAGAUCAUGGACAAGGCGUUGUCCAUUGACAGCAUCCAUUCUGAGUUGUACAGCCAGCUUCAACAGCUCAAUUCUAGAGACUAUUUGGACAACAGUGGCAUGGGCGAUGCGUUUUUCCCAGAGACUAAUAGUGAUUUGUUUGACUUAACAUUUCCUUUUCAGGAUGAUCGCAGGCAGGUGCUAGACCGACCCGCCAGCAUGAGUGAGCUAAGGCACGCCUCUGACUACACCACGAUAAGUGGGUCAGGGUCUGGCUUUUAUGAAACGCCCACUUCGAAAUCAGGUAAAAAUCGUUUCGCCAACAGACAGUACAAGAAGUCAAAGAGCUUGUGCACUUUAGAAACAAACAUUGAUGAUGAUCAUUUCGCCACCUCCCCCACGGAAGACGGCCUGCAGCGUGUCCCCUCUGUGCACGAGCUGAGAAUCAGCAAAUCAUUGCAGAAGCUGAAUGUUCCUGACUGGUACAAGCAGUCCAGUUUGUCCAAAAGCGGGAGCUGUUUGCUUAAGUAUGGCUCUUCCUCCACCAUGUCAUCUUGGCAGAUGUCUCCUAGCCUCAUUUCCUCCCCUUGCACGACCCCCUCUACCAUGUCCAAUGUGGUCAUCAAGACAAGAGUCCAACCCCCGACAUCUGCUAGGAAUCUCCGAUCACCAAGGUACCCUUCAAAGUCCGCCCCUACCACUCCCUUGUUCGACAACCAGUCUUUUGAUAAUGCUAGCAAGCCUACGACCCCCACCCCAGUCAAACUGCCCAGCGAGCAGCAACGCAACAAAGAAAAGCCCAAGUCACUAAUGCCCAUACCCAUUGUGCCCUUCGACAAAAUAAGAGCCAUGUUUGAGAAAAAGAAAGAGAACGCGCAGCCCUCAAAGCAAGCAGAAAGUCCAGCCUCGCCAGCAUCCCCCACGUCCAAAUCCCAAGCGCCUUCUCAAGACAAAUCCCUAGCACCCUUAAAAAUCAACAUCAAGGCUGAAGAAGAAGAAGACCUGUACGAUGACGUUGUGCCAAAAGUCAUUGUUUCUCCGAGUGACCCCAACGUUAAGAGCAUACUCAAGCGCCCUGGCCUGGAAAAAGAAAAGCGGUAUUCAGAUAUUGUUGAAUCUCCCGAGCCAGACGAGGAACCCAUAAUACUGAGGCCAGUGCCCACAAGACCUACAGACGCAAGCCCUACAGUUACUGCUCCUCUACUUGUCACAAAACCUCUUCAAGUUGAACCCUCUGUAGAAGUCACGAGUACAUCCAACAAGGUUGAAACAACCCCCAAGCCCCCAUUAACCGAUGUUUCUAAACCAGCCCCGCUAGAGAAACCUGCUCUCAGACCAAAACCUAUUCCACCCCCAAGACCAAAUUCAAGUGAAAUUAAGCCAAAAGUAGAAAUUCCUGUUAAAAAGAUUGAGGAAAUCAGAGAAAAACAAAAGUCACCGGUACACACGAAAGCCACCGAACAGAAAGAUGUGAAUCCAAUAGCUAAACCUAAAGGAUUUAGUUUCUUCAAGUCUCUUCGCUCUUCCUCGUCCUCGUCUUCGGAAGACUUGAAAAAUCGGAAAUCUCCCAUUUCUCCGAGUAAGAAUCUGAGUCCUGACUCCAGCUAUGACUCGGAUAAAUUCCCCGCUUCGCCUGCUAUUCGUGUGUCUCCAACUGAUAGGAAAUCUCCACCCAGCGUAGUUGUUUCACAAGAACCUGUCAGUGAUCCAAGACCUAGCCCUGCGUCUCAACCUUUGACACAAAACUCAGUUAUUCCCAAAGCCGAAACUCAAAGAACUAUUUCUCCUGAAUCCAUCCAAGAGACAAACAUUGACGAUUCAUUUGAAGAUUCGGCACCUGCCUCACAAGAAUCAUUCUCCAAAAGAGCUCAGUCUCCUGCGCAGGCUCCAGAGGCGGAAAAGAAAAGGUCUUGGUUUCCCAAAGCCAGACUGUCGAAAUCUAAAUCUCCCACCGAACCUGAAAAGGCGUUGCCCAAGACGAAACCUAAAGUUUCAGAGCUGCAGUCUAAAUUCGAAGUCCCUGAGUUUGCUCAAGAGCCUCGCCGGCUCACGUCGUCCCGAACGCCAUCGAUUCACAACGAGAGCUUCACAUCAAACGCCUCUGAGGAUCACCGCCAAGCGGCCGUCGAGUCCAGGUCACCGGUCAGAGAAACGGAUCUUGACCGAUCUCUUGACCUCAAGAGCCCCAGGUCUAGCGCACGAGAUAGAGACGUUGGACUUGAUUCAUCGGAGUCGAAGGGGAAGCCCUCCGACUCGGACACCAGCUUUACCAGAGACUCGGACAAACGUAGUUCUGAUCGAGGCAGUAGAAUCAGCAGUGCUGAUAAAGGAGUAGCUCUAGAGUCGGACAGGAAAAGAGACAGCAGUUUUAGUUCUAGGGACGACAGCAGAGACACUAUCGAUAGGGAUAGUUUCUUGAGAGACUCUGACAGGGGGGAUAGAGAUUACAAUAGAAAGGAGGACAGGCGUGACAGGGAUUAUGACAGGAGAGAUUCUGAUAGACGUGACAGGGAUUAUGACAGGCGAGAAAAAGACCGUGACAGGGAUUACGACAGGAGAGAUUCUGACAGGCGGGACAGGGAUUACGACAGGAGAGAUUCUGACAGGCGGGACAGGGAUUACGACAGGAGAGAUUCUGACAGGCGGGACAGGGAUUACGAUAGGAGAGAUUCUGACAGGCGGGACAGGGAUUACGACAGGAGAGAUUCUGACAGGCGGGACAGGGAUUACGACAGAGAUCGUGAUAGAGACUAUGACAAGCGUGACAGAAGCUACGACAGUCGUGGCCGGGAGUAUGACCGUGGCCAGCAAGACAGAGACUCAUUAGACAGGAGAAGAGGAUACGAAAAGCAAGACGAUUCUCGCAAGGAGCGUGAGUGGAGUCCCCGUGAUCGGCGCCAGGAUCUGGACAAAGCCAACUCUUCCAGGGCCAGCUCGAGAGACCUAGACACUUCCAGGGACUCUCGCGCCGGGCUCCGCCGACCCUCUGACAACGAAGACGCUCCCAAGCUCAGAGUCGGAGCCUCGCAGGAAUCGCUGAGAUCUGCAGGUCGAACCUGGCAACCUAAGCCCCGGGGCAGUCGCUCCUCUGUCUCUCCCCAAGCCAGAGACGUGAGCCCGACGAAGCCCGUGGAAUCCAACGGGACGUCCUCGAAACAGUCCCCACACAGAUACCCGGUUCCGGGUAGUGCCUUCAGCUCCACGAAACCAAACACCGCAGCCGGACUAAACACGCCCCCUCUGUCAAGACACGACGUGAAGACCCAAGAGACAGCCAAGAGUUUAAAGGAAACGACUGUUUAAGCAAAGCUAACGACUAUAACAGUGUGCUAUCAUUCAGUUCCAGUGUUUGACUAUGAGCAGUUCUCUAAUUUGGUCCUAAUGACUUCAUGUCCCAGUCAGUGAGAACCGCUGCAUAACCUUCUCAACAUGUAGUACAGUCUGAGUGAUGAAAACACUGGCCAGUGCCCUCUUCUAGUACUUCAGAAAGUUAUGAGAACCUCUUGCCGUCUUCUCUCUGUGACUGAUAGAUCACUGCCCUCCAGUUAGCCUAAUCCAUACUCCCCCGAAGUGCGGUCUGGGCAGCAGAGAAAUAUUGUUUCCUCCUGUAUAUACUUACAAUUAAAUGGUGCUACUUAGAAUUGGUUGAGUCACUGGAGAAUAUUUCGUGAUAGCAAGUAGAAUGGCAUCUGCUGACUUCAAUACUUAACUCUAUUAGACAAGCAGCAAUGAGUUGAAUAGUCUCAGGCAGGAUGUUGAGUGUCUAGCAUAAUAAAUUUCAAGUGUAAACUGGUUAAAAAGAAAUUGUUUUUGACCUCAUGUCACAAUCAUUGUUUUUUAUUUUUUCUAAGUUGUGGAAGAAACCAACCCAUGUGUAUCCUUAUACUUUCACUCCUGUAGAUGGACUGUCUGCAUGUGGGUCUUUCACUUUUGUGUGCAAUGGGUGCUUCACUUUGCCGCAAGCUUUGUGAGGGCUGGGGGUCACUCCAGCAACAGGAGACCUGAUUGUGUGCUACCUUUCAUACACCCAGGUGGCUUGCUGAUACAUAGUGGUGAUAAAGUUGCACAGUGUACUUAUCUAUUGAAUGAUUUGAAAUGUCUAAAUUCUAUCUCUUCUGGGCCUCUUAAAUUACUAUUAAUAGAAGUAAUCCAAUGUUCAGGGGAGAAAAUUUAUAGCAUUUGUAACAAAUUAUUGUGCGAGAAAUAUAUAUAUAAUGUCAUGCUCUACCAUUAUAACUCCCAUGAUGUAAAUUGUGUGUGUGUGUUAAAAAUCUCUUAUUAUGACCAACACAGCAGAUCCAGUAGUAGUUAUUGUCAUUUUUUUUUCUCCAAGAAGUUAAUUCUCUUUCACAUGUCAAGUUAAAAAAUCAGUUCUUUCAUUAUCAUAUUCCUACAGAAAUAAAUUAGCCCAUUUAAAUUGUCUUACAAUAUAAAUUUGAUAAUUAUUGAAAUGGGCUUUGAUUGUGUCUAACAAAGGUUUGAACCCUUUUAGCCUUUAACCCUUGGUAUCCUAAGCUAAGCUAGGGAUAGAAUGCAUUUAUUUUCUUUCCAGACAAAAUGUCACACAAUUCUAAGACAUUUCUUGACAAAAUUAAAAGCAAUAAAUGUGGCAUAUUUCUUGAGCUUGUAUAUUUUGGGCUUUUUUUUUUUCUUCAGCUAAUCUACCUAUCCAUUAUAUUCUUGCUUGUUUUAAAGUGUUACAGAAUUUGAUUUGUUUUGUAAUUUAUUAUAUUUGUAUGUAAAACUUUGUAUUUGAUCACCAUGCAGUUGAUGUGUACACUUUUAGCCCUUUAUUAUUUUUAUUAUCAUCAUUACUAUCCAUUAUUAUAAUUAUAGUUUAUUAUUUAAAAGUAUUUUUAGCUCCACUCACAAUUCAGUAAAAUAUUUUAAAAUUAAUGAUGUUUUUUUAUGUAUAAUAAUAAUUGUAAUAUUAUUUUCAUAUAGUGAAAUGAAAAAUGUGUUUUAAUAAGUAGUAAGCCUAUAGACGAUUCUUAUAGGAUGUAAAAUAAUGUUCAUCAUAAUGACCUCCCCUUUUUAAUUUUCUAGUGUAUCCUUGGUAUGUGCAAAAAGAUUUUCUUUUUAUUGUAACCUGUUGUGCCACCUUCCAUUUUUAAACUAAAUAUUUCAAAUAAUAAAGUUUUUGUUUAAUUUUAUAUUUUUAGUGCCAAAAAAAAAGAAGCACAUAGUUGUGUCUAUUUAAUGCCAAUUAUAUUAUUUUAAAGUACUUACGUUGUCAAUGUUCUUACCUCCCUUGUUUGAUAGAAGGGUUGAAUGUUUAUUUAUUUUUUUCCCUUGUAAAUGUGUGGCUAUAAGGAACUGGUAACAAGUAUAAUAAUAUUUAGAAUUAUAAUACCAGUAUCUGUUCAUAUAAGAGCUGUGUAAGUAAUUAUAGUGUAAUUUUUUUUUUUUUACUAUUGUAAGAAGUUUUGUAGAAAACCUAUUUUUAUUUUUAGACUAGUUUGCUUUUUUUUUUUUUUUUUUUUUUUUAGAUGUUUUAAUGCUUUAUAAUGUUCUGUUGGCAUCCUGAGCCUACUUUAUAUUAGUUUACAGCGGAAUAUUAAUUUUUCAUUACUGUUGUUAUUGGUUGCACACUGUAUAACCAACUUCAUACUUUUGCAAUGCAUUCUUUUAAAAGUGUUAACUGUAUAUGCAGACAUGAUUGUUCAAUAUGCAACAGAUAUCACUUUUAAAGCUUUUUCAAAUUAUUUUUUGUUACCUCUGCUAAUUUCAUACUUGCCUUAGUGGUAUGCUAAUUCUAAAGUAUAGUAAAGGUCCCGUUUCUUAGCGAUCUAUAGUGCAGAUGAUGUAAAGGUCUUCUGUUUCUUUGGCCUAUGGUUAACGAGGGUGUCAUGUGGUCAGCACAAUGACCAGCCACCUUUACUUUUCCCCAACUUUUGUCAGGUACCCAUUAAGGCUGGGUAGUCUCAGUGGCGCCCAAAAGAUCCUGAAAUUAAAUACACCAGUACUCACCAGGAUUUGAACAACUGGUUAGAAAGCCAAGCACUAUGCAACUCAGCCAUCGAGUCUCCUUGUUUGCUCUACUGGUCACAUCAAUUAGGCAUAUUGAGACCUAGAUUACUUAUGUUAUCACGUGAGGCAUAUGCCAGAUGGAUUUAAGUGAUUCAAAGCUAGAAUAGACCUGAAGCUAUUAUAACAAAGUGGCAUCCUGUUAUCCAGAAUCCAAUUAUGUAUACAUAUCUUUUAAUGAAAAAAAUGCACUUAUUAGGUAUAGAUGUAGUUUCUCUGACCAUAAAUGAUAUUUAUAUAGGUAUGUAUGUUAAUUCAAAUCGAGUGUAAAACCAAUUAUAGUAUUCCACAUAGACGAUUCAUCAUUCACCUAACUUUAAUUUAUUGCAAACAUGUUAAGAUCUAAAUAAUUUCAUGUUUUCUUUUUUGUAAAAAUUGUUGAAAAAGGGAAAUAACAAUAUAUAAGGUUUUAUUCGCAAAAGAUGGGACAGUUGCCUCCCCUCCCUUUUAAUAUUUCACAAAAAUUAAUAUUUUUGCUCAAUGCAUUAUGCUUUUGUCUUAAAUGAAUAGUGUGUGAAAGUUUCGAGUGAAUAAAAUAUAAUGUGUGUGUAGCAUCUUGUACAAAUCCAUACAAAGAUUAUUUUUUUAAAUAAAAUCAUGACUUUGUCAACUACACACAUUUAUCUACAUUUCAUACUUAUUUAUCUUGUAUUGUGUAAGAAUGUUUUUCUAUAGCUCCCCGUAUUCACCUUUAUAUCAUUGCAAUCAACAGACGUGACAAGUUAAGGUCACGUGAUCCUCCCCGCUCUCACAAUGCCCCCCCCCCCCCCUUUUGCUCUUUGUCACUGCUCUGACCUAGAUCUAUGUGUAAAUAAAAAAAAAGUGUUGCUGCAUACAACUUGUAUAGACCUCUAGACAUAUGAUUAUGGUGAUCUAUUUAUUAUGCAAGAAACAAAUCGUGAAUAAAACUUAUACUUUAAAACU